AUGUCUACAUACGUGGUUUCUCAAGUGAGAAAUAGUAGAUCAAGUUCGAGAGGGUUCAGGACUCGCGAUCUGUGGGGAGAACUUUCUCGCCUGGAAACGAAUCUCGAAGAAGUAAAAUUACUCCUUUCCGGCAUGGACAUUGUAAAGACAUUGUAUGAUAGAUUGGCUUCGUGUAAAGAAGUUGUACAAAAUUCGGUGAACGAUAGCUUGGAGGACAGUGAACAUCUUGCCACAGUUAUACUAUCAGAGGGUUGUACAUACUCAUUCGCGAUUCAGAACAUACUUGCUGUGUUGAAAUGGCUCAUCCUUAAUCAGGUAGUUGAAUUCUCUACUGACAUCUGUGGUCAUCUGUGGAACACAUUGUCGUCAUCUGGCAGCAAUUACUCUUCCGAGAUUACGUUGUUGUUCGAAUGGCUGACGGAGUUCAAUGUUUCUAGCAUCAAAGCUUCCACUCGCACCACUCUUCUUCAAAAUUUUUGUGCAAUACCUGCCAAUAAACUCACCCUGGAUGGCUUGAAAUGCUUAUGUCAUCUUAUAGACACCAACGACGACAAGCGAUUUCGUGACCAGGCUAGUGCUCGAUGUAUAGAAUACAUGUGGGAAGUGUUGGAAGUUGUGGAGAAUAAGGAAAUUGUUCGCGAAGUUAUGCAGAAGCUAAUCGAAUUUGGCAGCCGCAACAAUGAUUGCUCACAAUAUCGGCUGUUUCUAACUACUUGUUACCAACGACUGGAUGCUUUGCGAACAGAGUACUUUCGAAGGAAUGGUCAAACUCCCUCUCCGAGUCCUAAUCUCUCGAAAUCGUCCAUAAGUUCGGAACCCCAAGAACUCGAAACAGCAGUGAACGCCUGUCGUAGAAGUGAAUCGGAUUGCAAAGGAGAGGUCUCUCAACUCAAAAAUCCACAGAACGCGUCGUGUGAUGCUGUACAUCCACAUGGUUCGUCAAACGCUCCUAAUCACACGACAUUAGAACUCUCACCUCUCCUCUUACUUCGUGGUAUGGAUCGCCUCCUACAGCUCAUAGCCAUCUUCGUCGAGUCUCAAGACAAUCUUUUCUUUGUGAGUUUGUUUGAGCUGGGUAGUUUCACCUCGAGUUGUUUAAUUAGAUUUGCUCAGAUGCCGAGACAUUUCCCUCCUCAUGGUGGUCUCGUCCCUGGCCGCCCGCUUCGAAUUUAUUGUCGUGUCGAAGAUGAUCCAGCUGACGAGAAUUGUCUUAUGUUCCGCACCAAUUCCCAUGAAACCAUCGGACAGUUCCGUUCUCGACUCUCGAACAGAUUACACUUUAGAUCAAUCGGAGUGUAUAAAAUUUACGUGCAGAAAGGUGACAAAUCAGUGGAAAUUCCGUGCUCUCAUGAAUGGAAGACUUUAGAGCAGGUCGGUCUGGCUUCGGUUCGUGAUGGUAUCUGCGAGACUGAAGAUAUUGACAUUUUGAAUUCGAUGUCCACGUUUGAGUGUAUCUUCUGUGAAGUGUGA